AAGAAGGGAGGCGGUGGCAGCGGCGGCGGCGGCUGCUGAGGAGGAGGAGGAGGGGGAACGGAGGGAGGUGUUUCUGUCAGUUCCGGCUGUUUGUUCGGGAAGUGGAUCUGCCGCUGCCGGAGCAGCCCGGAGGGAGCUGCGGAUCGCGAGGCCAGUACCGACCCCGCCCGCCCGCGCGCACCGCCCCCGCCCGCCAUGGCCCGGGACUACGACCACCUCUUCAAGCUGCUCAUCAUCGGCGACAGCGGUGUGGGCAAGAGCAGUUUACUCUUACGCUUUGCAGACAACACUUUCUCAGGCAGCUACAUCACCACGAUUGGAGUGGACUUCAAGAUCCGGACCGUGGAGAUCAACGGGGAGAAGGUGAAGCUGCAGAUCUGGGACACGGCGGGGCAGGAGCGCUUCCGCACCAUCACCUCCACAUAUUAUCGGGGGACCCACGGGGUCAUUGUGGUUUAUGACGUCACCAGUGCCGAAUCCUUCGUCAACGUCAAGCGGUGGCUUCACGAAAUCAACCAGAACUGUGACGAUGUGUGCCGAAUAUUAGUGGGUAAUAAGAAUGACGACCCUGAGCGGAAGGUGGUGGAGACAGAAGAUGCCUACAAAUUCGCUGGGCAGAUGGGGAUCCAGUUGUUCGAGACCAGCGCCAAGGAGAACGUCAACGUGGAGGAGAUGUUCAACUGCAUCACAGAGCUGGUUCUUCGAGCAAAGAAAGACAACUUGGCGAAACAGCAGCAGCAACAACAGAACGACGUGGUGAAGCUCACGAGGAACAGUAAACGAAAGAAACGCUGCUGCUAAUGCCCCAGCCCACGCAGAGACUGCGCUGCGGUCCAUCCCCCAGCCCGAGGCCCGUGGGGGGGUCCUCGGGGGACAGUCUCAGUUUUGUGCCGUUAUUUAAAGAAUUCUCUCCACGUUUUUGUAUUGGGAGGCACCAUCGGCACUUCCUCCUCCCCGUCCCGCAGUGCCAAGAAGGUGUUGGACAAGCCUGCCCUCCCCUACCGGUGCCCCCUCCUCCCUGGCCAAGGCGCCUGGACCUGGCGAGGACGCUGCCAGCCGAGCGGACUGAUUAACCAGAGUCUGUACAUAGUGUAUAUUGCUCUAACCAACCGCACACCUCGUCCUGCUCUGGCUUUUGCCUCCUUAACGCCAACCUGCUGCAACGGACCCUCCCCGCUCCCCUCCCCGUCCCAUCGUACUGCCAGCAGCUUCCGGAGGAGACAGCGUCGUGUUCUUAGCCGUGUAGCUGGCCACCCUGGGCUGGUGAAGUGGGCUCCGUGUUGCUCGUUCUCUCCUACAGGCUGUCGACUUCUGUCCCCGGCACACAGGGUCUCGGCCUCUGUGGGGCCCCUGCCUGCUCUCGUCCCUCCCCAUUGUCCUCUGGGAGCUGGGGCACACGGCCUCAAGGUGGGCCCCAGCCCUGCGGUUCCCCAGAGGCAGGCAGUCCUGCCCUCUGGCCAACAGAUUUCUUCUCCUGCCUUUAGAUGCCUCUGCGCUGCAAACCCAGGGGAGCCACGGCUUCUAAUUUAUACCAACAUGUUUCAGUUCCAGCAGAAAGGUAGGGGUAUGUUUGCACAGAGAUGGGGCUUGCAGAGGGCUAUAGAAGCAUUAUUUUAACAGAUAAAAUGAAGCCAAAUCAAAUGAAUUAAGUUCCUCACAAUUAUUUUCUUUCCCUGAGGUUUGACUGGCACAACACUAAAAGUUGUGGCCACCUCACUUUGGGUCCAGUGUUUUUAGAAAAAGCAAAAAGGCUUCCUGUCAUUGUGGGACCAGGCUCUUGGCUGUUUCUUGGUGGGAACGGAGAAGGGGCCUCCCACUGGAGUUUGAGUCCCUGAUGCAGUGCCAGGCAUCUGUGGACCUGGGCGUGGGUGCCAGGGGCUGUGGGGACGACAGCCCUGGGCUGGGACGGCAGGCAGCCUCGGACCACUGACAGAACUGUUGCAGGGCAAAGGUGGCAGGAGGAUUUCUUAGCGGGUGGAAAGGAGUGGCUGGGGGCCUGGAGGAAGGCUGUUUGACCCACCCCAGCCCCCUGGAGGAAAAACCAGGGUCAUCUGACUUGAUUACUGCCCCCUCAGCCUGGACACUUCAUUCCCCUUUCUCCUAAAAGGAUCAAGUAACUGGGAAGAAUUUAUUUCAGCACCGUGGUGGGUUUUAUUAGAUUUCCUUUCCUAGGCAAUUUCCAGGCAAAGCCCUGAUUGGACAAUCACAUCACAGAUCACACUGCAGAUUUUCCAUGUUAACACUGUGGAUGGGUUUUUAAUCAAUAAAAACUGGGGGUUUCUUCUCACCUGGGGGUUUCUUCUCUCCACUUGCCCAAACUGCCAAAAGCCGGUGGUUCCGCGUGGCAGGCCUUCACUCGGGAGCCACGGGAUGGGGCUGCGAGCUCGGUGGACCUGGAAAGGGGGUGGGGGGGCAUGGAAGGGGGCAGGCAGCCCCCUCUGGUCUGUGGAGCCAGGAGCAGAAGCGGGGGCUCUGUCCUCAGGACUGUCCUGGCUGACCAUGGGCCCCGUGGGGACACUCGGCACUCGGGCUCCUGUGCUGGUGAGUGGGGGGCACACUUGUCCCUGAGCAUUCAGGUGAGGCCGGCGCGGGUGUGCUUGCGAAUUCAAGCAAUAAGAGGGGUGUCCUGGGAGCUUCCAGCCGGGCUCGAGGUGCCCAUGGCUUCUGGCAGUUGGACCUCCAGACCCAGGCGGUGGGGGGAUUUUGGCGAUGACGGUGUGCCUGUCCCACUGAGUGUU